GGAAAACUGAAGAGUAAAACCAUUGAAUUAAGACUGAAGAAGCACAUCUUCCCAAAGUAAAGGACUAAAUGAAAAUCCAAGCAGCCAUCAUAGGAUGGGUAUACACCAUCUUCUUCUGUCUGGUUUCAUACACCGAUGCUUUUUCUCAUGGUGCAAGCCUUGAGGCUUGUGUUGAUAUGAAGCCCAGACACAUCAGAGCCCAACUUCAGAAUCCCAGGAACAAUUACAUUACCAUCUAUACCAAUGUGUCCUCUUACUCUCCUGGUGACAAAGUACCAGUGACCGUGAGGAGUCGUGGGGAUUUCAUGGGAUUCCUGCUCCAGGCUCGCAGAGUUUCUAAUGACCAAAUUGCUGGCACCUUUGUUUUCAUCCCUUCUGGUUCCAAACUGAUGUCUUGUUUUGAAGAGGCCAAUACAGUCACCCACUCGGACAAAUCCCCAAAGAGAAAUCUGUCUUUUGUGUGGAAGGCACCACACCAACCCACUGGGGACAUCAAGUUCUUUUUAUCAGUAGUACAGUCAUAUUUCAUUUACUGGGAAAGGAUUGAAUCAACCAUCGUGUCUCAGCAGACACAAAACAGAACACUUUCUGAUGGCAAUGUGGAGCCAGCUGCAAGCCUGCAGAAACCAAAUGGCCUAGAAGUCACAACCACAGUUUCUAGGCCCCCUCUCACUCUUACACAGCAUACACAGACAGCAGAGUUUGCUGUUGUCAGCCUGACUGGAACAUCAGUGACAGACAGCAUGGAACCUGUUCUUGGUGGCCUAACUACAGAGGUUCCCGCAGAUGAAGUGAAUCUUCUGAAACCCUCUCCUCUCCGUAACACGUCAGAAAUGGCCAGUAGCAGUGACCAAAGAGGGCAGCUUGACUGGGACGGUGAUCACGCAGACCGUGACCAAACCUUAGAGCCAUCGCUUGAUGUCCAAGGACUGGAGAAAGUUUUGACCUUGGGAAGUUUCACAUUCGAGGAUAACGCCUCCAGUCACAACACACACAAUCGGACCCAAGAUGGCUUAGGUUCGGGUGCUGUAGAGCCCUGCUUGCACUGUGAUGAAGGUGAACAGGAGAGGCCUGGGGCUUACAACCUGACUCUGACCAGAUCUCCCUCCUCCAUGGGAGCUCCUUUCUCUGUUCAUCUUUCCUACUCUCAGUUUAUCAUGGUCACCAAAGCAGAGACUCAGAAGGGUGGUGGGCCUGCCAACUCCAGCAUGGCCUCAAAGGCUUCUGCCGCCUUGAGGCAGUUGGCUCUAAGGCCAUCUGGGCUUCCAAAGCCUCUGCCAGCCUCUUGCCUCAGUCAGAGUAUGUGGAUCCCAGAGAAGUCGAUGGAGAAGAUAGCACUGGACUCCCUCAUUUGACCAAGCCAGUGCUUGAGACUGUAGGUGCUGGGCUAAAGGAACACGGCUCCCCUCCAAAGACAAGGGUCGUGACCGCCCAGCUGGGGAUCCUCCUUUGCCUUUCCGCCACUCUUGGGAUGGCUUUGGCCGCCGGCCUGCGUUGCCUCCACGCACAGUACUGCCGCCAGAGGACCGAAGUGUCUUUUGGGGAGCCUGACAGUGACAUCAUUGCAGUGAGAGACGGCGGAGAAAGAAUGCACUUCAGAAAGAUACGGGAGAACGGUGUCAUGUUAGUUCAAGCCGAGUACAACUGGAUCACCCCCAAUGGUAGAGCUAAGAGAACAGCAGUCUGAAAACACAAGCCCAGUGGGUCUUUCCUUCAGCUCCACAGUGUUUAUUAGCUCUAGCCCUGCUCCUAAGAAUGCUUCCUGAUCAGCGCAGGGAAUCAUAGGCAAUGUUAUUUAGCAAGUAUUCAGUGCAGAGAAAUGGUUGCUGUGUGGAAUAAGAAGUAUUAGCUUUAUCAACAGAGAAAGUUCUUUCAGACACUUGUUUUCUUAACAUCUGUAAUUUAGCUCUUCUCUCUCCCUCUUUUUGCAAUUAGAUGGUUCUGUUUGAAGAAUUAAACCUAACACAAUGAAUAUUGUA